CCAAGACACAACAGCACCGUGGUCAUUGGCAUGCCAUAAAUACCGCCCUCGAUCCGCUGACCUUGCCGUCCCCUGACCCUCUGAGCUACUGUGCUGAGAUACAGCAUCGACUGCCACAAUGGCUUUCAACUUCCUCCGCAAGACGAAAGUUACGGUGCGGGACAGCGAGAGGACGCGUGCUGCCGAACUCACCCUGCGCCAAUCGAUCUACCCGAUUGCGCUUGUUACGCUGUUGUUCUUUCUCUGGGGCUUUUCGUACGGCUUGCUUGAUACGCUGAACAAGCACUUCCAGAACCAGCUUGGUAUCACCCAGGCCCGCUCUUCGGGGCUACAGGCUGCGUAUUUUGGAGCAUACCCCCUCGCCUCCCUCGGGCACGCAAACUGGCUCCUGCGCCGCUACGGCUACAAGAUCACCUUCAUCUGGGGCCUCUGCCUGUAUGGCAUUGGCGCCCUCGUCGCCUGGCCGUGUCUGCUCCACCGCUCCUUUGGCGGGUUCUGUGGUGCGAUUUUCAUCAUUGGGAAUGGUCUUGGUUCGCUCGAGACGGCGGCGAAUCCGUACAUUACAGUCUGCGGUCCUCCAAAGUACUCGGAGAUCCGCAUCAACAUCAGCCAGGCCUUCAACGGGAUAGGCACAGUCGUCGCUCCCGUCAUGGCAUCCUACGUCUUCUUCACCAGCGUGCACGACGACGAGAAAUCGCUGCAGAACGUGCAGUGGGUCUACCUCGCCAUCGCCUGCUUCGUCUUCCUCCUUGCCGCCGUCUUCCUCUUCAGCCCCAUCCCCGAAAUCACCGACGCCGACAUGGCCUUCCAGGUCCAGGAGACGCACGCCGAGGCCGACGACCAGCCGUUCCGGAAGCAAUACCGCCUCUUCCACGCCGCAUUCGCGCAGUUCUGCUACACGGGCGCACAGGUCGCAAUCGCAAGCUACUUUAUCAACUACGCCGUGCAGACCCGUCCCAACACCGACUCCGCCGUAGCAUCCAAACUCCUCGCCGGCGCCCAAGGCGCCUUUGCCCUCGGCCGCUUCGUCGGCGUCGCCCUCAUGACCGCCUUCAAGCCGCGCCUCAUCUUCCUCGCCUACCUCACCAGCUGCAUCAUCUUCCUCGCGCCCAGCAUCACCCAGCGCGACAACAACACCGGCGUCGCACUGCUCUACCUCACCCUCUUCUUCGAGUCCAUCUGCUUCCCCACCAUUGUCGCGCUCGGCAUGCGCGGUCUGGGCAGACACACGAAGCGCGGCAGCGGCUGGAUUGUCGCUGGCGUCAGUGGUGGUGCGGUUGUGCCGCCGUUGUUGGGCGUGGCCGGGGAUCGGCAUGGGACUGCGUUGGGCAUGGUGGUGCCGUUGUGCUUUUUUGUCGGUGCGGUGUCGUAUGCGGUUUGUGUGAAUUUCGUGCAGGGGUAUCGGGGGGUGGUUGAUGCGAGUGCUCGGGCGGAGAUUGGGGUGCGGGAUGUGGAGGGUGGGGGUGGUAUAGGGGGUAUGAAGGAUUUGCGGGAGGAGAGGGUGGAGGUGACGGGGGAGAAGGUUGGGGAGAGGCAGCAUGUAGAGGAGAAGGAAGGAUAAGGGGUGUGGUGUGGUUGUGGUUGAGGUGCGUUAUAUACAUCCGAUCCCUAGAUAUACAACGUACCCCUAUUCCGACACCCUCAACUCUCUACCAUCUCACGGACAAACGACGAACGACAAACGGCAAAUGGUUAGAAACUAAGCAAUAAUAAAUUAAUAAACAACACACUACAGCGUCAUGUAGAGUGUAGUACGUCAAGACGUAGAGUUUACAAGUCC